CUUUGCUGCUGCUUUUGCCUCUUCCACUAUCUAUCCACUAGCUUCCUUCCUUCCUUCCUUCCUUCCUUCCUUCGCUCGCUUCUCCUUGUUGGUGUUGUGGGGUUUGGGUUUUGGACUUGCAGCUGUGGGUCUGAAACAGAGCAGUGAGAGUAGGAUGAUGAUGGGAGGGGGCAGUAGGUAUCCCUUCACAGCAUCCCAAUGGCAAGAGCUGGAGCUUCAAGCCCUUGUCUUCAAGUACAUGGUCUCAGGUAUCCCCGUACCUUCUGAUCUCAUCCUCUGCAUCAGGAGGAGUCUCUUCAUGGAUCCUCAAGCUCUUCCAUUCAUUCCCAAUCCUCCCACGAUUGGAUGGGGAGCUUACCAGCUGGGUGAUGGAAGGAAACCAGUGGAUCCGGAGCCUGGGAGGUGCAGGAGAACAGAUGGGAAGAAGUGGAGGUGCUCCAAGGAGGCCUACCCAGACUCCAAGUACUGUGAGAGGCACAUGCACAGGGGGAAGAGCCGUUCAAGAAAGCCUGUGGAAUUGUCUUUGGCCACCAACCCAACCUCCUCACAGUUCUCUUCAUCAAACUUCGUUGCUGCUGCUGCUGCGGCUCCUCCUCCUCCUCCUCCUCCUCCUCUCUCGCUGUCAACACCUCAGACCCACCAUUUCCUGCUUCCCUGUCCCUCCUCUUCGAGGCCUCCUGCCAUGGGAUUCUCACUCAAAGAUGACUCUGCCAGCUUCUGUUUAGACUCUUCCCCCUACACGGUUGAUAAUUACAGGAACAUCCUUGGAUUCAAGGAGGGUGUGAAUGAGUACCCUUUCCUCUCAGAAGCCUGCAGGGCCGGAAGGGAGAUGCCAUGCAGGUUGGGGUCAAUGGACAUGAGCUCCGUUGAGGAGACAAAGCAGAGUUUUGGCUACAUGCAAGGCGCUCAUCCCCACUCCAGAAUCUGUUUGUCCGAGGAGCAAGACAAGGAGAAGCACUACUUUGUGUUGGGUGCUGAUCUGAAGACGGACAAGUCUGCCAAGUUGGAGCGGGCGGAGCAACCACAGAAUGCAAGGCCAUUCCACUGUUUCCUUGAUGAGAAGCCGCAGAAGAUGGAAGACUCUUGGAUGAGCAUGGAUGCGGACUUGAAGAUGCAGCUCUCUAUCUCCAUUCCCAUGGCAAACCACGACAAGCCGGUGGCUGCCUCUCAGCGUUACAAUGAUGGUUGACUUCCGAAGACCAAAGGACUAACCGAAGUCUCAGUGCCCUUCAUCACAGGGUUAUCCCUGUUUGAUGCGCUAGAUUUGCCUCUGUUAAUUGAUCGUCUACGAUCUAUCAUCUCCUUCUUUCCCUUUUCUUGCUGAUGUUUUUGUGUUGAUGAAUGAAAGAGAUGUUGUUUUGGGUUCUUUAAUCUCUCAAUCCAUCUUCAAACUUGGUCGAGCUCAUGAGUUUGUACAUAUGCUUUACUUACCUAGAAAGAUGUGAUUCUGCACUCAGCUCAUUUUUACC